AUGAAGUUCGUCAACUCUAUUGCCAUUGCAGGCAUUGCCUGCAUCGGGAUGCUCCCCACCGUAUCCGCUAUCUUGGGCACGUCCUGCCUCUCGGCUCUCAAGGCAGCGAACCAGGUCCCCGAACUCUUCAUCGAGCAUCUGCAGCGCGAGGCAUGCAGCGUUGGCUGUGAGCCCACCUUGCAACAGUGGCAGCACGCCUUGAAGGGUCAGAUUAUCGGCGAACUCGUGGAGGAUGGCACAGCCUUCUGCAAUGCCCCGGAGGCCAAGGAGGCAAUUACAGACUUCCUGGAGGAUCUGAUGCUCGGAACUGGCGAGGCGUGUAAGGACAAAUUCGAAAAUAAACAUCUCUGCCAUGACCCCGAGUCUCUGGACCCGUUCCUUGCCUGCGUCCGUUCCAAAUCGCAGUCGGCAGUGAUGAAGUCCGCACCCCGUCUGUUUCGCUACAUGUCCGAGGCCCGAUGUCGCAAGGCAGAGGAGUAUUUUACCGGUGAUCAACUGUGGAAGAAGGACUUCCCUGAGCAUAUCCAGAAAUAUCUCUCGGAGUGUCGUGAGCUGUGA